UGUGUGUAUAUAUAUAUAUAUGUGUGUGUUUGUGUGUGCAUAUAUAUUAUCUAACGCUGUGUAAAUACAAUGCAUUAACUUCAGUAUCGGAAAAAGAUCUUUAGAGUGCAUGUGAAAUAUUUGGUCAAAAAAGAUAGUGAAUAAGAAAGGUAACCAAACAAAAAUAAAAUGACGCGAGGUGUUGAACUUAUUAAAAGUAUUGUUGAAUGCAUAUGUCAAAAAAAUGGCUUUGGAAAAUGUAUGAAAAACGUGAAAAUACUUUCUGCAGGGGAUGGCAAAUGCAAAGCAGAAUUUACAGUUUCUGAUGAACAUUUAAAUUUAGGAGGUUCUUUACAUGGAGGUUUUACGGCUACGCUUGUCGAUUGUGUUUCCACUUAUGCUUUAAUGACAUAUGGGACUGGUGUUCCAGGAGUUUCUGUAAACAUUAAUGUUUCAUAUAUGAAAGCUGCAUUUCCUGGUGAAAUGAUCACAAUUGAUGCUAAAACUAUACGUGCUGGACGUACUCUAGCAUAUCUUGCAGUAGAUUUUACAAAAAAUAAUGGCAAAGAUAUUAUUGCUAAUGGCCAGCAUAUAAAGUUUAUCGCAUGAAGAAAUCUCUAGGAUUUUAUAGUUAUUAUGUAAUAUGUUACAUAAAGAUAUGUAUAUACAUAGAUAUUUAAACAAAAACAUUUACUUAUCUCAAUAAUUAAGAUAAUUUUCUGAUUGAUGUAUCCAUAAAAAUAUAUUAAAAUUAUUGCGAAGUUUUUAGCGAAAUAAAAUUAAUUGUAAAUAUAAUCCAAAAUAUCUGCAGACAUUUAUUAGCAUCUGGUAUAACUUCCCUAAAAAAAAAAAAAAAAGAAAGAAAGAAAAAGGGAUCUCUAUUCUUUCUCAUACUUCUAACACGUAUUUGUAUUACCAUCUUUACUAUAUAUACAAUAAAUGCAUAGAAAUUU